UUUGUGGCCAGCAGAGGAAAGAUCACCUCCCAUCUGGACUAGUGUGGCUCAAAUCUGCACAGAGGCAGAAUAACUCCCGUAAAGGGUGAUUUCUAUAAAAGUGUCGACUUCAGUGUGGUUUAUCGUCAUUUUGUGGCUUUUAUUUUGGAGUCAGAUGCCAGUGGCACAUGCAUGAGUUUGAGUUAUCUCUCAGGAAAAGGAAACACCUCCUUCUCAACACAUGUGAGGACCGUUUCUGGCUGGUCCUCCUCCUCUAAAGGAUGACAGGGAAUGGAUCAUAUUGGAGGGCUGCUCCCUCUCCAGCAGCUACAUCAGCUCCUUUGUCACGAACACUGAGUGACCAACAACCUCUAACUGCUCCUGCGUCCAAAUUAUGGGAUCUUAUCUAAGUGUUGACAGACCAGGCUCAAAUUUGGAUCUAAAUUCUUUGUUUUUUUAGUGGAAACUUUGUGUUAGUCAAGCUGUGCAGUUCUCAUCCGGGACCAAGGAUCUGUCUUGGUGUUGGAGUUCAGUGUGUAACAGAAAGUCCUGGAGAUGGUAGAUAUUUGAACCCAUAGUGAACCAGGAUGGAGCCUGUUAAGAGAGACAUGGAGCUGCUUAGUAACAGCAUGGCGACCUACGCUCACGUCAAAGCCAAUCCAGAGAGCUUCGCCCUCUACUUCAUGAUGGGUGUCUGUUUCGGCCUGCUCAUGGCACUGUGCCUCCUGGUGGCUGGCAUCGCCUGCAGGACUCGCCGCCACAGCAGACCUCCCCCUUCCCCAGAAAGGAGACAGCUGAAGGAGUCCAGCGAGGAAGAGGAGGAUGAGGAUGAGGAUGAGGAGGGCAUCGCAGAGGAAGAUGGGGAGGAGGCGGAGAUCCCUAAAGUGACAAUGGGGCCCAUGAGUGAUCACAGCAGCCAGUCUAACGGGACUCUGAGGAGUGUGAACGUGUUUGCGUCAGCUGAGGAGCUGGAGAAGGCACGACGUCUGGAGGAGAGAGAACGAAUAGUCAGGGAGAUCUGGAGGAACGGGCAGCCGGACAUUCUGGUCACAGGGACAGGGACUAUUGGACGAGUGCAUUACCACUAACAGACACUUUGACUGUGCCCUAAAGAUCCACCUCACUGAAUGCAAAGGGAAGGACUGAUUUUUGGGGCGACCCAAAGUGUUUGGUAUUAAAAUAAGGGACUGUAUGAAAAUGAUUGGGGUAGUGAGAGGGACUGAUGAUAUGUUUCUUACUUUUUCAAAACCAAAGCCCUCCCCAGGGUCAUUCAUGUUUAAACUCUCCUUUUGAUUUUCACACAAGAUUAAACAAAAUAAUAUACCUGUUAAAUUAGUCCAACUUCUUUAAUUGUGGACCCCAAUUUAAACCCUAAAAUAUCACCUGAACUUCUAAUGUGCAUAUGAUUAUAACACUGAGCGACACAGAGACUUCACAGCAUAAAAAAAAGUUAAAUAAAAUAAAAAAUGUAAGAAAGAAAUAGCCUUCCCCUUUUCUGACCCCCUCUCUCCCCUAAUGACUUUCAUACAAUCCCUAAAUAAAUAAGACAUUAUGAAAUAAGUAAUCAUGUGAGAAAAUACACACAAAAUAUGCAAUAUAUUUAUGAUAUUUUUCAAUACAUUUUUGAAACUUGGUUCAAUGUUAGGAAAUGUAAUUUUAGCUCUAUUGAUAUAGGAAGAAGCUGUUUGUCCUGAUUAAAAAUGACAUGUCAUCAAAUCAAAUUGACAUAAAACCGAUUUUGUAUGCAGCAUAUUUGGCUUCAUCUGUAUUUUACCAAAUCUUUGCGAUGUGAAUCAAUAAAACUUUAACCACUUUUUCAA